GUGGUGUGUUUUUGUUUGCUUGGUGCUCUGUUACUUUUAACCCUUUUUUUAAUUUAGAACAAGCGAUUAGGGGAGGGGGUUUACACAUAUAUUCAUUGGGUGUUUGGAGGUUUCGAAACUUUGCCCACAUGAAGUUGAAGUGGAAGAGCUCAACCAACUCAAUUAUACCUGAUCAUCUCACCUCAACCAAUUGAGCUAUACCCCAUAACCUAGCCUUUUCUUUCUUGGUUUCUCUUGUGGUGCCCCAAGUUUCUAUCUUUCUUUGGUGUGUAUUACUUUUUUUAUUUAAAAGAAGAAAGAAAAAAGACACGUUGCAUGACGCUUGCACCAUUUUUAUGAGCCAUGUGUCUCUUCCGGCAUUCGACCAAACGCUGGUGUCGUUAUUCUUUAAUAUUUGCCGUAUCAGACUUGGCUUAUGUUAAGUUACUGUAAUCUAUACUUUUCUCCCAACAUAUUGGAAAAGAAAGCAACCCAAUUUCUUUAUUUUAUAAUUGGGCCUACCCUAAUGCCCCGUGACCAAAUUCAUGACCACCUUAACUCGUCCUAUACGCUUCCUUUGCCUUCCCGCCAAAUGCAAUUUCAAGGGCUUACACACCCACCACCUGUUCGAUGAAACGUCUCAAAAAGACAUCUACUCGCUAAACGCACUGCUUGCCUCAUAUACCCGGAAUGGACAAUUUUCCACCACAUGGGCUCUCUUCUCUUGCAUUCAUCGCGCGAAAUCCGACCUCAAUGCCUACACUUUCACUCCAGUAUUGGGCGCGUGCAGGGCGUUGCCCCGCCCCGAAAGCGGCAGACAAGUCCAUGGUCUUAUGAUCAAGACGGGUGCUGAGUCAGGAACUGUGGCUAAGACUGCCGUCAUGGACAUGUACGCCAAGUACGGGUAUUUGGAGGACUCUGUUAGAGCCUUUGAAGAGAUGGAGUUCAAGGAUGUUGUGACUUGGAACGCCUUGCUUUCUAGCUUUUUGAGGCACGGGCUUGCUCGAGAAGCGCUUGGUGCGUUUGAAGCAAUGAGGGAGGAAAGAGUGGAGAUCAGCGAGUUUACUUUGUGUUCUCUGCUUAAAGCUUGUGCCUCUUUGAAGGCCUCUCCACAAGGCAAGCAGGUUCAUGGGAUGGUGGUUGUGAUGGGCCGUGAUAUGUUAAUUUUGGGUACUGCUUUGAUUGACUUUUACUCUGCUGUUGGGUGUAUUAGUGAAGCCAUGAAAGUGUUCUCCGGCUUGAAUUGUAGAAAGGAUGAUGCAAUGUUCAAUUCUUUAGUUGCAGGGUGUGUUCGGAACCAGAAGUACAAAGAGGCAUUAUCGAUUAUGUCUACAAUGAAACCCAAUGUAAUUGCACUCACUAGCGCUCUUGCUGCUUGCUCUGAGAAUUCAAAUUUGUGGAUUGGAAAGCAGAUACACUGCGUGGCGAUGCGUCACGGGUUCACAUCCGACACACAAAUGUGUAAUGUUCUGCUAGACAUGUAUGCAAAAUGUGGGAAAAUUUCAAAUGCUCGAUCCUUGUUCAAUGGAAUUUCUAACAAAAAUGUAGUUUCGUGGACAAGCAUGAUUGAUGCAUAUGGAAGUCAUGGAAAUGGGCUGGAAGCUCUUGACCUUUUCAAGAGGAUGGGGGAGGAAAGAAGUGAAGUAUUGCCUAAUUCUGUGACUUUUCUUGCUGUUCUCUCAGCUUGUGGGCACUCAGGGCUGGUGGAGCAAGGCCGGGAAUGUUUUAAUUCGGCCCCGGAGAAGUAUGGCUUGGACUUGGGUCCAGAGCACUAUGGCUGCUUCAUCGAUAUGUUAGGCCGGGCCGGUCAGAUAGAUGAAGUGUGGUGUGUGUUUCAGGACAUGGUUGAGCAUGGCAUUAGGCCUACAGUAGCAGUGUGGUCAGCAUUGUUGAAUGCUUGUGGCCAUAAUCUCGAUGUUGCAAGGGGUGAGGUUGCUGCAAAGCAUCUUUUGGAGUUGGAGCCAAAUAAGCCUGGGAAUUUUGUGCUGGUAUCAAAUUUUUAUGCAACCAUUGGAAGGUGGGAUUCUGUAGAUCAAUUGAGAAGCAUUAUGGAGAUGAAAGGACUGGCUAAGGAAGUUGGAAGUAGCUGGGUCACUGACUCGAAAUGCCAUGAAAGUGAUUUUACAUAAUUUGUUUGAAAGGCAGAAUAUGGUUAUAUCUCCCGUGACAUAAUGUAAAAACCGUGAACUCAACCGGUCAAGUCCGGUCCAGUUCCAUUUUUAGUCAAAAGCCGACUUUUCUUCAA